AAGGAGAAGUGGAAAGCAAAGCACGCUCAAGAAGAAAGUGAAAGCCACAAAGCAAUCUACCUCUAAAACCCGCCCCUUAUCCACCUCCUCUCCACUAUCUCUUCAGGAAAUUAUAACUCUCUCAAUCUUUCCAUCUUCUCUUCUACCAUAACAAACCUGCUCAGUAGCCUCUCUUGAAGCUAGGAAUUAAAAAAAAAAAAGUUCGGAUAUUUAUCUCUCUCUCUCUCUCUCUUUCUCUUCUAUCUCAACACACCAUGGGCAGGUCUCCCUGUUGUGAAAAGGCACACACAAACAAAGGAGCUUGGACUAAGGAAGAAGAUGAGCGGCUCAUCACCUACAUCAAAACUCAUGGGGAAGGAUGUUGGCGUUCUCUUCCAAAGGCAGCAGGUCUACUCAGAUGUGGCAAAAGCUGUCGCCUUCGAUGGAUCAACUAUCUUCGGCCUGAUCUCAAACGCGGCAACUUCACCGAGGAGGAAGACGAACUCAUCAUCAAACUUCAUUCCCUUUUGGGAAACAAGUGGUCUUUAAUUGCUGGACAACUUCCUGGUAGAACAGAUAAUGAGAUCAAGAAUUAUUGGAACACUCAUAUAAAGCGGAAGCUCAUCAACCGUGGUAUCGGUACCCAAUCAACCCCCGGCCCGGCGGUCCAUCCUGCAGCCACCGCUCAGACGAAGACAAGUUCGAAACCAGCAACCAAAACUGAACAAUCUAUAGACGAAAAAGGCUCAUACAAGACCAGGCAGGAGUUACCAGACCUCAAUCUUGACCUCACCAUAAGCCUACCUUCAACUUCACAAAAGCCAAUUAAAGCCGGAGAUAAUGGCAGUAAAAACAUGUGUUUGUGCUACAGUUUGGGGUUUCCAAGCAUAAACAUAGCUUGCAGCUGUAAUAUGUUGCAGAGCUGAUAUUAAUUAAUGAUUUGCUUUGAUGAAAUUAAUGUAUAUCUAGGUUUUCCUACUAAUUGGAAAAGAGACACUGGGUAGCUUUAAAUUUAUACUGGUACUGUUUGUUGGCUC